AUGGAUGCGCAAGACUGUCCCUGCAUGAGCAGAGGUGUCUGCAGCUGUGGCAACAACUGUCAGUGCAAAAAUUACAAGUGCAAAUCAGGCAGGAAAAGUUGCUGUUCCUGUUGCCCAGUCGGCUGCAUUGAAUGUGCUCAGGGCUGCAUCUGCAAAGGGCAGCCUGCUACGAAGUGCAGCUGCUGCAAGUGA